AUGUUGGUAACCAGAUCUCACUCUGGCACUCUCCACAAUAUAGCGGAUAACUGCGAGUAUGUCGCCAAUUUUCCUAAACUUGAGGAUUUAUGCGUUCAGUUCAUCCGUGUUAAUGUGAAAUACUGGAAACCAGAACAAUUUUUAGGUAAAAUUUCAUGAUUUCUUUGAUUAGUUUAAGAUUGAACUUGUCUGUAAUGCUAUUCCUGUUUUUUUUUUCCAAGGAAUUCCAGGACAUGUUCUCCUACCAAUUUUGGAAAACCUUGAUCCUCUAGAGAUUGAGAAACUUGAAGGCUCCAGUAUUUUCAAAGCAAUGAGUAUGUUGGGAAAAAGUAUCUUGUUAAUAGAACUUUAUACAUUUAAAGUUUUAUGUGGUAUUUCUUUGAAUACAAUAAAUUUUCCUGUCACAGACCAACUUCAUGAGUCUGCACUCUGGUUCAUCAAUCUUUUUAACAUUUUUUUAUCUAUUUCUUUCCAAAAACUAAUUGAAAGGAAUUGACACUAAUCCACUCUGGAGAAAUAUUUAUACUGCAAAGUGGCCAAGAAAGAGUAAGUGGCCUGAGGUGUACUUUAAAACAAAGGGAAUCACACGAGAACAAGAACUUUGGAAGAUUUAUUACCUUCAAAGACUACUACAAGAGGCUCUUAAUGGAUGUAACGUCAGUGGUUUAAAAGUUUGUUCAUCAUCUGCAGGUACGAAAUAUGAUAAUAAUGAACUGUUACUAGUAAUAACCAACGGUUACAGAGUGCGAGCAACAAUGAUCGAAGGUCAAAAUGCUUUUGCUCCAACGAUGUGCUUUGGGUAAGUUUCACGUGACAGCUGGUCACAGCACGCAUGAUCAGGUUAUGAGUGAUAUACAUGUAAGCUCUGAAUGUGUGUGAUCAAAUUGCAUUAGGUGCAUUCCAUUUAUUCUUAGUAGAAAUCCAAACGAAUGCUGGCUACAUAUGUGUGACGCACGCGUAAAAACAACAACAAUUAGGAUUGCAGGCUCCUAUUGUACCCCACAAUAAUAAAUCAGUGUUUGAAAGAUAAUGCCAUUUAAAUAACAUGUUCGCUUCUUUUUCAUUCCAGAAAGUGAUAACUACAGAUUGCAAAAGAUAAUUUCAGCCUGUCCAAGAUAUGCCGCAUAUCUUAGGCUUUAUAAUCCAUCAAUUAUUUAUCUGGCAAAGAACUGGGAUAUUGUUGAGCAACUUGCUGAGUGUGUUGAAUUUCUAGAAAUUUUCAUGCUUAGAAACAAUGGAGUUGAGCCACUGUGUCAUCUCCUUCAAGUAUUUAUAUCAAAGAGACUGAAAUCUAUUGGAUUCUGUUUUUGCAAAGUAAACAGUGUUGAAUUGUGGAGUAAAAUAUUUUGUUCCUUGUUACCAUUAGAAGAAAAUGGUUGCAACAUUACUGACAUAGAAAAGGAGGAAAGUGUUCCUUUUGAAGACAAUGAUAAUCCUCAUCAGUCCCUACCAUGGAAAUUAAUUAAUGAAGUGGGAAAUUGCACAUCUCCUCCAAGUGUCUCAGAUGAUGUCAACAUUUAUGAGUUUACUGAUGAUGACUUGUCAGUUUUUCCAAAGAGAUGUAGAAAAUUCUCUGAAUCAUCCUGGAGUAGUUGCACUGGAUGUUUACCUCAGUUAGGCACAAGUGAAGCCUCUUCAAGUUCUAGUCCAGAUCUCUUUGAUGCAGUGUUUAGCUGCUGUAACCAUGGACAGGAUUGCAAAGAGGUCUCAAGAGAGCUUUUGCAAGUAAAUGACAGUCAACAAGACACAGAUAAAACCUCAGACCACUGUCAAGUUAUCCCUAUAGCUACUAAACCUACAAAGCCACUUUCACUGUUUCACAGUUUAUCAAAUGUUGGCUGCUCUUUAGUUCAUUUUCAUCUCCUUGAACUGUUUGUUAAUAGUUUAAGAUGGUGGACAAACUUAAAGUCACUGACACUUGAAGACAAUGGUCUAAGCUUCCAGCCUCUGAGCUUAUCACAGAAGUUAAUGGAUACACUCUAUCUCCUCUGCGCACAAGGAAAACUGCAUUGCCUGAAAAUCGCAAAUAACCUAGUGAGUGAUAGCAUCACAAAGUUUCUUGUGGAAAGAUUAAUUGGUUCAUUUUGCUGCAACUGUAACCAAGAGUCUAAGUCUUUGACAAAGUUCAAACUUUCUUCCUUUCAAGUUUCUGAAGCCUUCUGUGCACAUUUAAGAACAGCAAUAAAAGAUGUUUGUUUUUGUUCACUAAAGAAUUUAGAGACAUCUUCUACACAUAAAUCCAAGACAACAGAUAGUGAAGAUUCUAUCGAAUCAGAAUGCAUGGAUCUGGGUAUUUCCUUGGGAAGUAAAAGAAAAACAAAAUUUCAGGACCCAGUUAAAAAUAAGAGAUUCACAUGGCAUAAUGGCUCCUGUGUAAACAAUGAAGCUGACAAAUGUCAAGAAGACUGCAUGAUGAAGGAGACAUGUUUUUGCCAUGAAAGUUUCAAUGAGCCUGGCAAUGGUUACUUCAACUCCAUUAACAGGAAUGACAACUGUACAAACUCAGCUUUUGAUCAGAAUUAUCCAGGAUCGUUUGAAGCAGCAUCAAACAUGGCUAAUUUCACAGAAAUUCCAGCUUUAGAUUCCAGUGAAAUCAUCCAGUUUAAUGGCUGCAAUUCCAAAGAGUUUGUUGGCAUCCAAGAACUGCGAUUGACUUGUCCAAUUGGGGAUAGAGGAGCAAGCUUGAUCUCUGAUGGACUGCAAAGUAAUAGCUCACUUCUUUCUCUGAGUUUGGUCAAUUGUAAUAUCUCAACUGCAGGGCUGGGAGACAUCUUUCAUGCCAUAACAGGUACAACUAUUUACACAUUAUGUAGUAACAACACUGACUAUAAUCCUGUUUAGAGAUUAAUAUAUUUUUUCUCAAAAUAUUUAAACAAGAGAGUGAUUGGAUAAGUGCAAAAUAUGGAAAAGACUUACCUUCCCCGACCCCUUGCACUCUCCAUUAAUUAUUAUCCCUUGGCUUGGUUUUUAUUUAUAUAUCAGCCUAAUUUUACCGAAGAGAAAAUUAAUAAAAGGUACAACAGGCUAUGACUGUAUUAACAUGCAGUAUUGGACAUAACCCUUCAGCCUUCAGACUUCUCUGAGACUCAAAUUAAUUAUAUAAAAUCUAAACUUAGGAAUUUACAGGGCUGAAAUAAUUAUGUAUUACAUUUCCACUGUUGAUCUCAGUUCUUCCAUCAUGGUAUAAUUUUGCUCUUUGAUCAGGUCACAGCUCUCUGAAACAGCUGUCUGUCAAAGGCAACAGAUAUGAUCCCAGUAGAAAUAACAAGCUGGCAGAGAUGCUAACAGUAAACAAAACACUCACAGAUUUGAAUCUCAGCAGUUGUAGACUCGGAGGUAAAGCUACAUGUAAGAAACUACCUUAGUGUUGAAAAUUUGCCGUUUUUCUGUUAUGUGUGUUAUUUGAUGUUAGUUCUGCUUGGUACAAAUGUAUUAAAUUUUUCUCCAAGUCGUGACGUGGUUUUAUCCUCUUUUUAAAAACCGACAUUUUUAAAUUCCUAUUUUUGUUAUUAGAGCUGGGAAAUGGUAUUCAAAGAUUUGAUUAGAACCUCUGAUCUGCAGGUUCCAGAACAAGCAUUGUUGUUGUAUGAUUGUUGGUUUUUUUUUUUUUGUAUAAUUGUUUCAGUUAGGCAUGCAACAUGGGGCCUCCCACUAAUGCUUUCACUCACUGAAAAAUGGAAAAACCUGUUCUGCAAGCUUCCGAUCAUCUGUAAAUACACUUUCAUAAAAAUAAUUAUUUAUUUUAUAAUUAUCAAUGAAAGUUAUAUGCACACAUCAGCACUUUGUAAUUGUCACAGGACGGGAAUGGUUGACAAUGUAAGUCAUUAUAACAUAAGCCUCAUGUUUUUCAUUCUUUAUUCAUUCUCAGUUUCAGAGUUCAUCAGUGACAUUUUCCAUGCCUUGUGCAUUAACAGCACCUUGACUAGCUUAAAGCUAGGAGAAAAUGUUUUAGGUGAGCUUUUUCAAGUCUGUGUUGUCAAACCUCUAUUAAAUCAUCAAAACCGUACAGUUCCUUGCAUUCCCAUGCAGUGCUCAGCCCUUUUUUCUCUUGUUUCCACUGCUUCGUCCUCUUUUAAUAAUAAUUGCAUUGUUGGAUAAUUUUCCCCUAUUUCUCCUAAUUCCAACUCCUUAGCACUCCAACUUGCCACCCUUUCCUUCUAUGUCUCCCAUACCCCUCCCAUCCCUUAUUCUCCCAAGGCCCCCCCCCCGGCCCCAUUAUCAUCCUUCACUAAUUUAAUUUAAUAUACACUGUAGGUUUGAUCUAUUUUUACUUUGUCUGGUACACUGUCAGUUAACCUAGUGUUGUUAUAUUUAGGAGAAUUUCCUCAGUUUAGAAUAUAUAAUAUUUUCCAGCGUGAUGUUAAUCAUCACCUGUAAACCUUUUUACUGCCCAAAAGUCAGAUCAUCUUUCCCAAUUCCCCAUUAUUUUUAUAAAUGAUAAGGGAUUACUGGGGCCCAUUUCUCAAAAGGCCCGGAAACUUUUUGGGACUGAAGGCAAAUCUUAAAACCCAAACCUGUUGAAUAGUAGCACAGUUCCUGGCCCAUAAACCAAUCAAUUUUGCUUUGUUAACUGAUAAUUUCAUUUUAUUGUUUUCAAAAUUAUUGAAACUUUGAUCUUGAAUGUAAACGUGGCAAACACAAAGCAGCUUUCCGGGCCCAAAAAGUUACCAGGACUUUUGAGAAAGAGGCCCCUGGAGCUAAAAUGUGUCUCGCAAUUGUUUAUUUCCGGGAUUGUUAAUGGAACACACCAGUCAGCUAUUGGCUAGAGAGGUAGAAUUAUUUUUUUACGUGUCCCAAGUAACAAUCCUAGAAGUGUUUGCUCUGCCCUAAGUUUCCUUUUCCUUUUUGUUUCUAAGGCGGCAAGUAAGGUGGCAGAAUCCCUAAAAAUCAUUAAAAAGUGUUUACCAUUGAUUUACCUUAUAAUUGACCCUUUUUCAAGUUGACAUGUUAAAAGGAAACAAUGCCAGGCAUCCUUUAGGAGCACUCCUGUGUUGUCUCUU